AUGGCUGCCAGCCUCCAAUGACUCAGACGGGCUUUGAAGUCACGGGGCUGCUGAUUAAGAUGGCGGUUUUUUACGGGCCGCGGAGCUCGCCCUCGACCGGGAGGAGGUUUCUUUCCCGUAUUGCUUCCGACGGCAGUGAAGCUGGCGUGCCCUCAGUCAAGAUGGCGGCCCCCUGCGAGCGGAGGAGCGCCGCGACUCGGCUGGCGCGGUGAGGGCUGAGGGCGGCGGGGUCUCAGCUGGGACCGGCGAGGAGGGAUUCCUCCUGCCGCCAGGUCUGAAGAGGGCUGGAUCUUCUCAGUCCUGCAGCCGGCGGUUUAAGGAAAUGUAACAUGCGGUAGCGAGCGAGCUGUCUCGUUGGAUAUUUUGGAACCCGAUGAGCUCCAGUGGUGAACAGCAUCCAGUUUACACGUGGAAACAAACGUACAGGUUGAAUAAUCACCUCUUCAGAACUCGUGUUGCUUACUUUUGUUUCUAAUCUGAUGCUUAGCUGGGAGACUCCUGAGAGUUUCCCAGUAUUUGCUUUACACCAUCAACAAAAGUUAAGUGUUAUCACUGCUGCUAUGUCCUGGGUACAAGUCGUAGCCGGUCGAUCCAGUGAGGACGUAUUUGAUGAAGAUGCAGACGAGAUGCAUCCAGUACAGAAAGAAUGGAACAGCACCAUGGAAAAGAGAUUGAAGGAGGGCUAUAGAGAUGGUGUUGAGGCUGGGAAAGAACUUGCACUCCAAGAAGGCUUCAAUCAAGGUUAUAGACAAGGUGCUGAGCUGAUGGCUACAUGUGGCCAAUUCAGAGGGACCCUGAAUGCUCUCUUAUCCUGGUGUCAUCUUAACGGACAUGAUUCUGCUUUAAGAAAGAUAAAUAACCUUCUAGAGGUUGUUGGAAAGCAUGAAGAAGACUUACUUAACUCUCUGACUUCUAUUCAACUACAACCAAACAUUGGAGACAUUUUAGAUUCUGUUCAGGACAUGGACCUUACUCAUACAGCUCCAGCUGGAACAGAGUGCAGUGAAGUUAAUGCUGAAAAAUAUGAACAUGUUGGCGGAUGUGGUGAAAACUGUUGUAGAAAUAAUGGUGAGGAUGGUUCCUUGUGGUCUGACUGCAGCAGGGAGAAACUCUUUACAGAUCCUGCCAAGUCAACUCUUGCUUGGGUUAAAAAGCAAACUGUUGGGUUGGUAGAACAACUGGGUUUAUCACUGGAUGUACUCCAUCACAUCCAGCAACUGGAACGUUAGUUCUUCUGCCUCAUGCUAUUUCAAGUUAUCUCAGCUGGAUUGGAUUUGCACUCUGUGGGUCCAGGCUUCGCUUUAGGGAAGUUCGAUCUGAUACUUCCAAGCAGAGGUUGUAAGUGUUACCAUGCUUUGUCUCUUGGCCCAAAAACAGCUGGUUGCAGUCAGAAAUGUAUCUUCCACAGAAAAGGGAGCUGAUGUUUAAAGCUCUGCAGUGAUUUACUAUCAUGUCUCUCAUCUACGUCAAAAUCUGUCCUUUCACCUCAUUUUAUCUAUUGGUAUCUGAAAACAGAUCAGGACCUCAAGCAACAUCUUCUACUAUGCAAAUAAAACAAACAAACAAACAAACAAACAAACAACUGACCAGUGCUGGGGACUAGCUAGUCUUGCAAAAUGGUCUGCUGUUGAUUACAUGCUAACCAAACAAAACAGGCUCUGCUAAUUUCCAGUGUGCCAGGAGUUUCCUUUGUUACUAUAUUAAGAAAAAAAAAAGUUCAUCUUUUGCCAGAUUUCUUCUCUCACCUUAUAUAAUCACUGUGCAGUGCACUUUCACAGUGUUUUUUUUUCCCCCUCUUCUUACAGUUCUAUUUAUUUUGCUUUUGCUGAAAGCACGCCACUCUUUUCAAACGUCAAACUUGCAUUGCUGUUCUAACAGAAAACUGACUACUCUUACCCUUUCAAACCACAUCACACAUUUCUAGUCUAAUGAAUGCCCUUGUGUUAGUUUUGUAUUUAUUUGCUAGUCCCUUAAUCUUGAACUCUCUCUUGUUUACAGUUUAUUUCUCCAGCUCUAGAAGGAAGCCAGGUUUAUUCACCAUCUCUUGAAAACAUGGUUAGCCAAACACGUAUCUAACAACUUAGAAUUUCUGUUCCAACAUUCUGUAUUUGAUUUCUUUUCCUUUUAUUUGCUGUAAGGAUAGGAGGCAGCAGAUAGAGUUGCUUUAAACCAGUUUUGGAUCACCCAAAAAAGGUAGCAGUAAUAAAAAAGGAACCCCUUACCUUUUUCUGAGGAUCAGGGCUCACCAAGCAUCCCAAAGGGUGAUGUCCAGGUAGUGAUGCUUCCCUUGGGGCUGCCAGCCCUUAAAGAAAGUUAGGUAGGGCUGGACCCUUAUGAUCAACCCCUUCCAGUCACUCCGAUGAAUUGCUUCCAGCUGUGCUCCCAGGGCUUGCUACACCCCUUCACCAUGACCUAAUGGUUCCUAUAGAAAUGCCGAAACUGUAGCUGCAAAUUCCUAUGGUUAGAUAUUCACAAAGAACAGAUUUCCUCUCUCUGUUUUAUAGUAAUUAAUCACUAAGUCAAGAGUUUGUGUACUUUAUUUUGCUUUUAAAUUUCUUCUACAAAGUAGGUCUACACAGAGAAAACUUAAGUUUUGAACAACUGACUUAAUUAGAACAACAACAACGGCAUAGAGUGGUUCUACACUUUGAAGCCACAACCAAGAAGCAAGAAUUAAGAACCGAUUGUUUGGAAAAAAUAAUGUAAAUUUUUUAAUAAAAGCUAUUAUCCUGCCAUGGAGUUGUUAUGCUUUAAGUUUGGUUGCAAUUCAGUAUCACUUUCUGCAUUAGAUGAACAACAACAACAACAAAAAUUAACUAUGCAAUUAAAAAUCUCAUACUGAAGUUGUUACUGAAAUAGUGGAAUUGAAGAAGGCUAUUUGCACAUGUUAUACAUGACAGAAUUGCUCAAACAGCUUUUUCUCAAUUUAUUUAACACAAUACUGACACUGAUAAAUACUUUGGAGUGCAUUCGUUAUGUUAUAACCUGCAUCGCAUAAAUCAAACGGAAUUUUUUUUUCUAUCCUGUAGUAGAAUGUGAUGAAACAAAACCAAUGGUUACCAAGGAAAAAGUGCAAGUUGAAGAUAUUAUUUGGAUGCAGGUAGUAGUGCAUAAACAGGAAACUCCAUUCAGAAAUUAAGUAGACAGCAGGCUUGCCAAGUUCUCUCCAUCUACUACUGCAAAAGCAAGUUGUGUUUGGGAACAUAUUGCUCUCUUGCU